UGCGGUCAUCGAUACACGAGCAGAAACUGAGCUGGAACAGCAGGAAUAUCAACGUGAUAGACGGAACGGAUGAAUUGAACUACGCGCGAUUAUUUAAAUCUUCUUUAUGUAUCUUUAAAGCAGAAGUUAUGUUUCAUUUGCCAAUGAUAUUGUAUAGAGUGAUUUGAGUUAUAAGUAUUGGUAUGGAAAAACAUUUUGCAUCAUUAAAAUUAUUAGAUUCGGACACUGAUUGGAAAAUAACAGAAGAUGUUAAUUAUUCGCAAACACCAUCUUCUCAACGAAUCUCCAUAAAACAGAUGUAUCAAUCUGAAACUCAGCCUAACUUGAUUAGACAAUACGACCACAUUUUUAAUGAACAUGUAACUGCAAGACCAGUGGAAACGUCCGAAAUUAAGCGAACCGAUAAUAAAACUUUUAACGAGCAUCAGAUGAUAACAGAACCUUGUUUCGACUCGUUUACAUCUCUUAAUAGGCAAUUCUGCAAAAAUAGCAAUAUAUUACAAGCACCAAAAUUUAUACCAAACAAACCAUUAAAUGAGAUACUAUUCGAUGAAGUUGAAAAUGUAAAUCCUACAAAUGUAUCCCGAUUUUCAUUGCAUUGCCCAGCAGCAAAUGCAAAUACAAUAAAUCAAGAAGAUCAUUUUCCUUCUGUACAGCUGAGAAAUUGUGAGAAAACAACUGCUGAAAUUAAACCAAACAGUGAUACAAAAAUUAUAAAUAAAAAGACAUAUCAAGACAUAAAAAAUAAAUGUAGGCCACUAGUAUUAAAAAACAAAAUUUCUCCAAAAAAGAAGAUAAAUAUGUGUUACUGUGGUUGUUUAACUUUGAGCAUAUUACCAAUAAUUGCAGUAAUAAUUGCAAUGUUUUUAAAUUUGAAUAUACCUACAGUUUGUAAUCGUGAAACGUUUUUCUUAAAUGCUACUCAAGAAUUACAGCAAAAGAUAAAUGGACAAAGAAAUGCAAUGUCACAAAUUACAACUCAUUUAAAUCAGGAUAUUUUCUAUUUAAAAGUUUUAUGUCUUAUAGGUGGAACAGGCGUUGGGAAAUCUUACACUGCUCAAAUCAUAGCAAAACAUUUUCCUCUGAAAGAGAAAAUUUUUAUAUAUGAUAUAUUGUUGAACCAUCAUACCGAUGCAUACUUGUCAAAUUCACUUGAUUUGUAUCAGUUAAUUAUACUGGAAAAUUUAAAAAUGCAAAAUUUAGAUAUUUUUUCUAAUAUAAUAGAUGUAUUAAAUCAAACAAAACCUAAAUGUGUCACCGUAAUAGCAAUUUUCAACAUAGAAGAAGUGAACAAUAAUCUAGAACGAAAAAUAGAUUUAACACAAAGCAUAAAUACGAUUCGCGAAGCACUGGUCCAUAAAAAGAUUGAUAGUUUAAUUGUUCCUUAUGAGCCUUUAAACGAAGAAGCAUUACAAAUGUGCAUAGUUGAGGCGGCAACAAACAGUGGUUUGACACUUACAUUGGAUCAAGUAAAUGAAGUCAAACAAAAUUUAUUACUUUUUGGCAGUGGCUGCAAAGGGGCAUAUGCUAAGGUACAAGUUGUUGGUAGACUCUAAAUUUAAUGUAAUAAUUUAUUUAUCUUUACAUAUAUGUUCCUUUUUCUUUAAAAUAUAGAAAAUUUUCAAGACUAAAAUAUUAGCGUUAAUUAUUCAGAAAAAAUAAAUGUACAAAAUUAUAAUAUCUUAAAAGCUUAUUAUAGGUUUCAAUGUGAUCUUAGAUUUAGUCUUAAGUAUUACAGAUGUUAUUGAGAUAUUAACCUUUUUAAACUAAUUAUUAUAUGAUCAGUGAUAUUUAUGUCAACUAUUUUCGCUAGAAUUUUAUACAAAGUGUAGCAUUAUCACAUCUAUAAUGGUUGAUUGGAAAAAGGAAAUACUAUACGAAUUGCAUAAAAAAUAAUUAUUUUGAUACACUAAAUACAAAUAUGUAAAUCAACAAUUAAAAUAAUAUAAUAAAAGAGUAUCAAAGUAACUAUAAUAUUAUAAAUUAUAUACGUAUGUUAUAAGAACAAUUUUAUUUGAAAAGCAGAGCCAAAUUUAAACAUUUCAUACUUUUAAUAAACUGUCAUUUUUAUCAUUAUAUUUUAUUAUAACAUUUUUUAAUACUUCAUACAUUUUUAAAUAAUAAAUCAUAGUAAAUACCCUCGAUCACUUUUUAUUACACAUAUACAUGUCUUAGUUUUCAAAAUACAUUCAACACAAACACCAAGUUUACACAGUUUAAACUGCUAGCUAAAGCUGUUAUUUA